UGGAGACCAGACUCAGGCCUACAAAGAGGCUUGGGUCAGGACAUUUAACACAGCAUUAUCCAAACUAUUCUGUACCUUCAAUGUUACCAAGAAUGAUCUGUUCAGGCAUCUGCAGUUGGAGAGAGAUGUGAGCUGUGACUAUAGAGUGAACACAGGAUCACACUCUCUGUCUCCCCGCAGUGAUAAAUACAUUAUUAUAGGUCAGAAACCAAAUAUUACAGUCAGUCUGAAAGAGAACUUCAUCAUCACCUGUUUAAUUCCUGGCUCUGUCAGUUAUGACACCACCUGUAACCUGUAUGUUGGAGAGCAGAGUAAGCAUCUUAUAAAAGCACACAUCUGGAAGACGAAACACACAGAUUCCAAAUGCUGGUUCUGUCAAUUCUCUGUGGAGGAGAAUGAUCUUUUUAGAAGUCUACAGUCAGUGAGGAGUAGGGAGGUGAGCUGUGAUUACAGAGUGAGCUCAGGACCAAACUCUCUCUCUCCACGCAGUGAUGGGUACAACUUUACAGUGGGUAUGACUCCAGGUCCUAGAUCUACUUUGCCUCCCAGCACAACAGUGAGUCCUACAGAAGACACCACAGUGACAGCAACUUCCAGUUUGACCUCUCCUUUGACCUCCAGUACAGCAGUGAACCCUACAUCAGUAGUUUCGACUGUUACUUCUACUUUGACCACUGACGUCACAGUGAGACCAACUAGUUUGACCUCUCCUUUGGCCCCCAGCACAGCAGUGAAUCCUACAUCAGAUUUGACUGUUAGUCCUACUUUGACAACUGACACCCCAAAGAGUCCAACUGAAAGAGGUCAAAGCUCCACAGACAGCGUUGUGAAUUCAAACAGUCCAAAAAUAGUUUUGUCGGUGCAAUUAUGGCAGACAGCAGUGUGUAUGGCUUCUGGAGUGGGCGUGUUCCUGAUGGGAUUGACAGCUGUCUAUCUCUGCAGGAGGACCAAGAAAACCAAUUCUCAGAGACCUACAACCAGACAGGAUGAUCACAGCCAAUGUGAUUUGGUGAUGGGAGCUAUGAGCAGUGCAGACAUGUUGGAUUCAAGGGAUGCUGGGAUCUAUUCUCUCAUCACCUCUGUACCGUCCACGUUUUUGCCCUCAGUUCCUGUGCAGGUAUCUGCAAAUGAAGAUGUAAGUACAGCAAAAAUAAUAGCCUUGGAUAUAGAUACAUACUUGUUUUCGUACGGACAGGCAGACAGUCUGAGGGACAAUAAGGACCUUUCUCUCUCUUUCCUCCAGGCUGAUUCAGAGAAUGCAGGGGUCUACAGCCUGAUCACUUCUGUACCAUCCACAUCUAUACCAUUAGGUCCUUUUGAAGAAAAUGGAAAGUCAUCUGAAAACGACAAUUCUGAUACGUACCACGUAUACAGCUCAAUCCCCGACAGACCAGCAACCUCAGCCCAGCCUGAUGGGUUGUACAGUCUUCUGCAGACACACUGAAACUACACCACUGGCUCUCUGUAUGUCUCACAGAAAUACUCUUUCUUUCAGGAUGUCCUUUAUUUAUCACACAUCAUGUUACUGUAAAUAAGUAUCUAAUACAUCUACCACAGUGCCGUUUCUAUCUAUAAGCGACAUACAGUAAGCAGCCGCUAGAGGCCCCUCCCCCCUCCAAAGAAAUCGUAGGAUAGUAGAAUACACAACGUGCAGUUUAGAAAUGUGGUUCUGCAUCAGAAGUUUUUCUCUUGUUAUGUCAGUCACUGACAGUCACUCAAUUAUCCCAUGUCAGCUAAGAUUUUAUAGAUUGCUAGGCAAGUUAGUCUCGCCAGCUAUCUAAGCCUUGUAGUAAUGUCCGAAUUACUACCCAGGGGCCCCCUAGGGGCCCCCAAUGAUUUUGUUAGUCACUCUCACUCGGAUAUCAAAUGAACAUGGCAUAAGUCAUGGCCAAAUGUGUAGAAUUGCAGUAAAUUAUCUUUAAACCCAAAUUGUAUUAUUUCAACGACAAUGACAUAAUGUGUUGAAUUGCAGGAAAUUAGCUUCAUAACUGCAAAGUUCUCUCCGCCCCAUGGCGAAAUGUGUAGAAUUGCAGGACAUUAACUUUAAACCUCCAAAUGUUUCUCUCCGCCGCCAUGAGCGGGGCCACUAAAAUAUUUUGUCCGCGAGGUGGGCAAAUCUCGCUUAGGGCCCCCAAAAUGCUUGGAACUGCCUUAAUUUACUGUAAUACACAUUGACAAAUGGCAUGUGUUACAUGCCUAUCCAUAAUAUCUGUUCAUGUGUUAGUAUUUUUUGGGGGGGAUUUUGGAGGGGUCCGGGGCAUACUACAAAUUUUAAGUAAAUGCCCAAGUAAAUAUAUACUGUAUUUAUAUAUAUUCUGUCAUCUGUGUGAUACCUCCUUCCAUAACGGUUUGAUACAAUUUACAAAAUAAAAUAUAUUGGUGAUCAAAAUCGAUAGAUACAGACAAUUUCAAAAUCAAUAAAUAUAUAACAUAUUCACACAUAAUUAAAAAAGACAGGUAACUAGGAAAUAAAGUUAAAUUAAUUGAAAUUAAGUCAUUAAGAUCCGAAGUGGUACUGCUAAGACAUUUUUUGGGGUCAAAUUCAUCUUGCGUUGAAAUAUGCUUAUAAUAUAAGCCAGAUGCACCCCAAAAAACUGGGGAAAAAGUCUAAUGUUAAUUUAACAAUUUUUGCGGCAAAAGUUAUCAAACCCCAAAAGCCCGAUCUUAUAACAAAAGUAUUGAUAUUGAUAUUGCCCACAUACUUUUUUUAUAAGCUACAAAAUAUAACAUUUGGUUUUAAAAAUGUUUACAUUGUUGGCAACAUCAGAUCAUCAAAACUGAAAAAUAUAGAUUUCCUAAAUGCUUUUCAAAUCUCCCAAUUCCUCCAUGUUUACUUGUUAUUUUCCAGGUUCCCAGUUUAAUUUCAACUUACUCAGCACCUCAGUCGCUCCUUCAAUGUACAGUGUUGUAGACACAUUCUAGCCUUUUAGUCCAGUGACUGCGGAGUGGUUAAGAUGUAAAUGGUGUGAGAACACAACUUCAUUACAUUGUUUUCCAGUUAACAUGAGCUUACAUUCUGUUUCGAUGCACACUUGAGCCCAGCGGUCAGGAUAGUCGAUUAUUCUAUGGGGGAUGGCUUUGUUUGUUGAAAAAGGGGUGGCUCCCCCCUCACCUCCCAUAUACACUGUACAACCUGUACAUAGAUCUUAUUAUUGUGUUAUUGACUGUACGUUUGUUUAUGUGUAACUCUGUGUUUUUGAUUUUGUCGCACUGCUUUGCUUUAUCUUGGCCAGGUCGCAGUUGUAAAUGAGAACUUGUUCUCAACUGGCCUACCUUGUUAAAUAAAGGUGAAAUAAAAUAAAAUAAAAAAUAAAUCCCUAUUCUAUAAGAGAUUUAAGGUACAGUAAAUACAAAUCCUAUGUUUUUUGCUCCGUUUGAAAUGCUCUCUUCUGUAAAACAAUAAAGUAAGCAGAAUAAAUAGACUUCAACCAUU